ACCAACGCAGAGUUCUAGGCUGGCACGGGCAUCACAUACUAUGGCAUGGCCGCCAGUGACACAGACCACUUUGACCUCAGCGUCUACUUCGAGGAGGGGGCGGACUUCAUCGAGAAGGCCCUGGCACAACAAGAUGGGAAGAGUAAGAUAAAACCUUUGAGACAAGGGAAAAUGCACACCUGAGUUAGUGAGGUGCAGGCCGACGGAACAAAACACUAGCGUAUAGCUACAUAGCGUUUAGCCACCUCUUUUUCUUUUGCCUUUAAGGUAAAACAAAGAUGGGAAGGGUAAGGUAACAGUUCAUUGUUUUGGUGUGAGCCUCUGGAUGAGAUCAGUGGAAUAAAUACAAUACAUCACAGUCCAUGACAUCAUCGCGCUAAGAUGAUGAAAAUGGGCUUUUGUGGUCUAAUGGGAUGAUUCAGUUUCAACACGUAGUCACACCAGGGAUGGAUGGAGAGUCGGCUUCAGAAUAAUCAAUUAUAUUUUAAUAUAUAUUUGGCAUCGUACAUUUAGAAACUGGAAAUUGAGUUGAAUUCAAAUGCAGAAUUGUCUCAACUUAGUAAUAUUUAAUGAAAUACAUUUUGAUGCAAUAUUUUAUCCCAGUAUUUGAUGUAAUAUUUUGUCCUUAUUUGUUGCAAUUUUGUAUCCCAAUAGUUGAUGCAAUAUUGUGUCCCGUUUUCUCUGACCUCUAAAUAAUCUCCACGUCCCUCAGGUAAAGUGUACGUCCACUGCAGAGAGGGCUACAGCCGCUCCCCGACGCUGGUCAUCGCCUACCUGAUGCUGCGCCACAGGAUGGACGUUCGCUCCGCCCUUUCCAUGGUACGACAGAAGAGAGAGAUCGGACCUAACGACGGCUUCCUGCGCCAGCUGUGUCGCCUCAACGAGACGCUGGCGGCUGAAGGAAAGUUCUGGAACCAAUGACAGUUUGGGCGGAGGGGGUUUCUUUCCCCUGUACUCAUACCUUACAAGUAUGUACAGAUAAACAGACUCGUGAAAGUAUGUACUGUAUGUAUUCAGGUCACCUGGAAAGUAUGUACCUGUAAAUGUACACAGAUACAUUCACCUCACUGCC